AUGUCCAUCAUCAUGGAUCACAGCCCCACGACUGGGGUGGUGACUGUCAUCGUCAUCCUGAUCGCCAUCGCGGCGCUGGGGGCCUUGAUCCUGGGCUGCUGGUGCUACCUGCGCCUGCAGAGGAUCAGCCAGUCCGAAGAUGAGGAGAGCAUCGUGGGGGAAGGAGAAACCAAAGAGCCCUUUCUUCUGGUGCAGUACUCUGCUAAAGGACCUUGUGUGGAGAGGAAAGCUAAGCUGACUCCAAAUGGCACCGAAGUCCACAGCUAA